CGAAAGCUCCAAGUUGCAUUCACUUGGCGAAGCUACUAACACGCGCGCGUUGCAGAGUUCGCACGAUCGGCACGUCAGGUUCACUACAGCACACGUCACACUUCAUUCUUCGAGUCACGCUACAGGGGGCGGAAGAAAGUGCGACGCUGUUGACUUAAUCUCGAAAUGCAGCUUUUCUUCGAAGACACAUAAAGUUGCAAUUCUGAGUGCGCGUGUUACUGAUGCCGACUAAAGAGAGACGUUGCGUGGACACCGGCUAAGUUUGGGAAAAGUUGACUCCUGUCAAUACGCGAUCGAUGAGCUACGAAAUGGACGCGGAGUUUGGUGUGAUGUGAUCAUCGGAUGCUCCGGACGUCGCUGUCCGGUCGGGUGUCGUGUUGAGUUUGUGUGUUUUUCUUCUGGGUUUUCGGCGUUCUCGGUGUGUGGAUAUGCCGACGUCGCUACUCUGCUGGUGGACCUUCGUCGGCGCCGUCGUCCGACUACUCAUGGACGACCUCGUACUAGGCGGCUCGGCUGAAGGCAUCAUUGGACGGGAGCAUAACGUCUCAGGUUUCGUGGGCCAGUGGGCCGUUCUGCCGUGCGAAGUGGAUGAAGCGAGCUGUGGUCGCGUCUACUUCAUCACGUGGACAAAGAACGUGUCCGAAGACUGGGAGCGAGUGUACCUGUUCUCGGAGACUGUGAACCGCGUGAUGGGUCCGCUGAGUGAACCGCAGCGUGCAACCUUCCACCCGGGCAACGCGUCGGCCCACCUCCGUAUACAGCCUCUGUCCGUCGAGGACGAAGGCACCUACAAGUGUGAUGUCACCUACGUCCAGGGAAAGUGCCCAUCUUUAUCGUUUACACGUCUACAAACACUAGUUACUCCAAAAGAGCCUGUGAUAAAAAUGGACGGCAAACAGCUGACCAAUGGUACAACGCUGGGCCCCUAUUUGGAAGGAAGUACCGUUGUGCUCGACUGCGUCUCAUCAGGCGGCCGUCCAGCGCCCCAGGUCCUGUGGCGGAACUCGUCAGUAAAACUUCCCGUCAAGACAUCCAUCAUGCCCGACCUGCGUGGAAUCCAUGACGUGACCUCUACGGCGCGCUUUGUGCUCUCGCGGUAUGACCUCGGUGCUAAGCUUGAGUGUGUCGUCGUAACCAAGGCCACAGCAGCACCCGUUGUAAAAUGGGUGAAGCUCGACGUGCACGUUCGACCCCUGGCAUUGCGCUUACGUGGCCCUAACUACCCAGUUGUUGCGGGAGAAAUGGUUUCACUCACCUGCAUCGUGGAAGGUGCUCGUCCGGCAGCGAACAUCACGUGGUACAAUCGUUCAGAGAUGGCCCGGGCACAGCCGCCACCGUCGACAGAAGCUAUGAGUGACGGCACGUACAGGACGUCCAGCACUCUGGUGUUCGUGGCCAGUCUCUACGAUCACCAAGCAGAUUUCUUCUGCAAGGGAACAAACCAGGUGCUGAAGAAUAGGACCGAAGUACCUCUUCUGCAGGCGGUUCGCCUCGAAGUUCUCUACCCGCCAGCGGUGCAAGUGCUGCCCAUUGAUGGGGUGAACGUGACUGAGACGCAUCCCUGCAACCUCACAUGUCGCUACAAUUCAAAUCCGCCCAACGUCACCGAAGUAGUGUGGUAUCGUAACGGUGACAUCCUCCCACGCAACGAACGCUAUCACACUGCGCUGCUACACAAGCCAGACACGUUGCACAUACGCAACACCACGCGCAGUGAUUCUGGUGUUUACAGUUGCCAUGCCAAGAACGCCUUCGGACGGGGAAACUCGUCAAACUCAAUCUACGUGGACGUUUUUUACACGCCCCUCGUCAGCAUUUGGAUAAAUCCUACCGUCGUGGCCGUGGACGAGAGCGCAGUGCUACUUCGCUGCGAAGCCGAAGCAGGUAAUCCAAGACGCUUACGGCGAGUGCGGUGGUACAGAGACAGCGUUCCGGUGAAUGAGACUCGGGAACAAGACCUUCUCCUGGAGUACCUACAACGAAGUUCAGCUGGGAAUUAUUCAUGCCAGGCAGAGAACGAUGCUGGCUGGAGCCCAAUGUCUGAGUCCAAAAGCCUCGUCGUCUUAUAUCCCCCUGGCCCAGCAGCAAUGACACAGAAGGAACCGCAGGCACUGAAGGGAAAGCCAGUGACGUUGAUGUGUCAUGUGAACGAUACGGGACUUCCAGCUACUGGAGCUUUCCGCUGGGAGCACGGCACAACAGUUCUCAACGUUACCGGAGACACGUACCAAACAGAACCGAUUACCACGGCUACCCAAGGAAAUUAUUCGUGUGCCGCUGUCAACCAGGUUGGCAUCGGGCCAACGGCGCACAGGCUCUUGGACGCCUACGCUGCACCGUCGUUUCUCCGCGCUCUUCCGGAGACUGGCGGUACCCUGCGGAAUUCCACCUCGGUGGCUCUGGAGUGCAUCGUUGAGUGCGAUCCCCUUUGCGAUAUCAGCUGGUUCAGAAACAACGUGAGCCUCGCUGACUCGCCCUUCUUUCAGGUGACCAACGUGGCCCAACCUGAAAGUGGGGGACGAUUUCACUCCAUCUCGUCCGUUCUCUCGUGGAAUAUGAGCCAAGUUCCUCCUGUCUCCUUCGACUACAACACCUUCAUGUGUCAGAGCAGUGCCAAUGACGUCGGACAACCGGUGUCCAGCACGAUGGUGUUCCGCAUUGAGUAUCCACCUGAGAAGCUGGAGCUGAGCGCAAGGCAGGUGGUCAUCUUAGAAGGCGAGUUGCCUCGUGAGCUGAAAUGCUCUGCCUCGGCGCAUCCACAUGCUGAAUACCACUGGCAGCUGGGGGCACUCACUGUUGCCAGAGGCCCUAUGCUCGUCUUCAACACUACGGCAUCAAGGACCAUGGCGGGAAACUACACUUGCAUUGUCUCCAACAGGCAUGGGCGAGCCAAGGCUGCCGUUGUGGUCAUCGUAAGACACCGCCCUCACUGCAUCGUCGUCAAAGAGCAGGACAACUCCGGCAACGUAGUUCUGCGCUGCGAAGCGCAAGCAGUUCCACCGGUUGUCCAAUUCACGUGGCUGCGGCACAACCGUACCGUGCAAGAGGAUCGAGGCGCCCGAAGCGAACUUCACAUCAACGACAAAAACCCCGACGCUCUGGCAGCGUACUCCUGCAUCGCUGCUAACAUGGUGGGCCCUUCCGAAUCCUGCCAGCUGAAGCUCACUCGUCUACCUAGUCCCGCUGGAUGGGUGCAGCUGCUUUUGAAGGAAGAGAACCUGAUAAUUGUUGCGGGAAUCGCCGGCGGUGUCAUCAUCAUCAUUGUUUUACUCAUCGUUAUUGUUAGCAUUGUUGUUAUACGGAAACGAAUGCACUCAGGUACAAAGCCGCAGCUGGACAGCGGCGAGAAGGCCAACGGAGAGAUUGGCCGUGACACUCCUCAAGGAAAGCUGUCUUUUCUGACCGACGCAAAAGCAGACGGUAGCCCUCUUCUGGCGGAAGAGUUCAGCAGCGACGAUGGACGGCGGUCAGCGACGCAGCUUGUCCGGCAUGGCACGCUGGCACUCGGAUGAAGCCGUCCCACCAGGAAAUCCAUGCUCAAACCAUCCAUCACACGACGAUAAACGGCCUAUAAUGCCUUCGCUGCCGCUGCUGCUGUUGUUGUUGUCUCGGGUGCCAGCACCGGAUGCAGCUGAAGCACAAGACAACAGAAAAGAAAGACAACACAAAACAUACAAACUUGGAAAAGUUCCGGAAACGCGACACGCCGAACUGUCAGAGAACAAAGUAUACAAGAAUGGCCUCUCCAGAACAUCAGCCGUGGUGCCCCAGGGGAGAGGCCGACGACAGUCGACGACAGAUGCCACGUCUGCCGGAUUCAGCGUCUGACGCACCUCCAGUGGACGUCGCUUCAGUGCGCAACCUCGUCAAUUUUUUUUUUCCGGAUGAACAGUCUAUGAACAUAUACGUACACCACGCGUUGGGACUUUGUUUUUAUCUUUGUGUGCGCAUGUGUUUCACACUGUGCUGCAUAGGAAUAGAGAUUGCUGAACAUUAUGGUGGCGAACAGGUGAAGCGGUAUGUGUGUGCGUGUGUGAUUGUGCGCGAAUCUCGUCGUGAGGAAUCGUUUCUAUACGUAUUCGGAGGAUUUAUUUUAUACGUGUUUGUCUUCUAGCGGCAAGCGUCAAUUGCUGUAGAGCUUUCAGUUGCCUACAUGUAUCGAAGAAGCGAGAGCGGUUGAGGGUUUGAAGGCGUCCAGUUGGUGGUUUAUUUAUUUGUUUUUCUUGUUUCAAUCUCUUCUGUGGCUGUGUUAAGGGGCAGAGGUGAAACGAUUGUCCUUCAGUAAAUCGAAGAAUGGUUGCCAAAUGUGACGCCGCAUGAUUUAUCGCGUGUGUACUGUGAUGCAAUUCAUGACUAAUAAAAGUCACGAUUGUUGUAGA